AUGGAACAGCUCAAUGCAGACAAGUACAGAUUCGAGUCUGCGUAUCUUGAUCAAUGGUUGUCUUCUGGGAUCGACGCUCUAAUUAUGCCCAGUACCCCCUGGGUAGGAUACAAACCAUGGACAUGGGUGAAGUCCAGUGCCUACGUGGGUUACACGAGUAUCUGGAACUUCCUCGGCUAUGCUGCACUGGCAAUGCCAAUCACAACAGUCUCACGAGAUAAAGAUGUCCCGGAUCAGGAAUGGCUGAAUCACAUCCCGCGAAAUGAUGGCGACAGGUUCAAUCAACAGCAGUAUGAUAUUGAUCUUGUCGAGGGUAUGCCGGUUGGCAUACAGGUUGUCGGAGGACGAUUUGGCGAGGAGAAGUGCAUCGCUGUAGCCAAAGCGAUCAACCAGGCUAUACAAAAGAAGGCUUCUUCUUAG